AUGGACAUCGACGACGCAUACGCUCCAGAGGUCUACGAUGAAACUAAUGGCCUCUCUUACGACGACACUACUGCAUAUGAAGAACAGCUACCUGCAAACUCUACAGCUGAGACGAGUCGCGCGUUAGCAAACAGAAUAGGUCGUACCAAAGUGUACUUGCUCUCCGAAUCGCGUUCGGUGGGCGGUAAGCGCAAGCGAGACGGGAGUGAAGACGCUAGGGAAGAGUUAGAAGAGGAGCCCUCUAUGGAAGAAGAUUCACCAUAUCGAACAAACGCGCUAUUGUUCCAAGGAACACCUAUAUCACAUUUGCCCACCAGUCGACUUUUUGCAUACGCUACACAAUUCGAUGCACAUCCUAUGGGGUUGGAGUGGAUUGACGAUACUACCUGUGUGUUCGUCUUCACGUCCAAGACUGCGGCACAGAGCGCCCACGGAUACUUGCUCAAAUCCGCAACGGAAGAAGAGGACGAAGAAGGUUACGUCACAGCGAAACCUAUCCCGGUAGAGAUCUGGCCACCAGAGGAGCGCAUCAACAAGAGUCUUGGAAAGGCGGAAGGGUUGCGCGGCAUCAUACGAAUGCGGUGGGCGAGACAUCAAGAUGUAAAGAAGAAGGGUGCAAAGAAGGAGAGCGAGUUCUACCGUAAGCAUGGGGCGACUGCGGGGAAGGAGCUUCACGGCGUCAAAGCCCCCCUGGAUGCAGAAUCCAAGCGGAGGCGAGGGACUACUGCGAACGGAGGUCUUGACGAAGCUACGGAGCGAGCCAGGCUUGAUGAAGACUUGGACAAUUUCCUCGCAGCUGACUCCGACCACGAGGAUGAUACGAUGGCCGCUGACGAGCUUCCGGAUGACGAGCCGCCGUCCAAAAUGCGAUCAGACUACAUUGCCACCGAUGGCCGAACGCUGCUCGAACGGACAUCCGUGAUGCGAAUUCAACCCGAUUCCCUUGCCUCCCGUCUAACUUCGCCUGGACCCAAAAGAUGGAAGAAUAAUGAAGGCGCUUGGGAGACGAACGGGACCGACUUAGAGUGGGGAAGAGAACGCGAACGUCGGCCUCGCGGUGGACGUCAACGCGGUGGCGAACAAAAGUCCCGAGGUGGAGACCACCGGGCACGGCCGAAGAAGAGUCAACAAGAACUUGACGAUGAACUCGACGCGUUUCUAAGUGGGAAGUAA